CGAGGUUCCGCUUGCGGUGCGUUCUGAGCUCCGCUGCUCCUCUCGGCGGAUGCGGCGGCAGCAGCAGAGUCGACGGUGAGGAUGGAAAGGAGAAAUCGGUCUUGGAUGGAGCUGAGGCGGCCUCAGGGGUGUUACCUCCGAUGUCAUAAUUCUCGACGUUGGAGGAAUGACUCGUGGGGAUGUGCAGCGAGUGUGAAGAGAAUUUGGGAAAAUCAAGUAUCCGCCGCAAGGGUCAAUCUUACAACUGAGACAGCAAUUGUAUGGCCUGUUUCUGAAGCCAAGGCUAUACCUAAUUGGCAAAAGGAGUUGGGGACAAACACUUGCAAAUCACUCAGACAAAUUGUGGCUUAAGUCUAAGUGAGUUUACCAUUGCUUUUCUCUUUCUCGUAACUUGUGAAGAAUCAUCCAUUUCUCCUCAUGAGAAGAAUCGCCAUUGACUUCAAUUAAAAUUAGUGUGAGAAAUGUCAUUUUCUGGGUGUGAUUUGAACCGGGCAUGGUUUUCUCUUUUUUCUGCUCUAAACAUU